GUUGCUGUCUGUGCAAGCAGGAAAAGGGAAAACACCGAAUUUAACUUCUCUGUAACAAGAAAAGCCGUCUGUGAGAUCUGAAUAUGCUGCUGUGUUUGCAAAACCCCUCCAGGAAGAUUAGAUUAACUGAGUUUCAGGUCAUGAAAAGCAAACAAAAGGAAUUAAGCACAUUCGCUACGCUGGUUAACGUGGAACCAGUUCAUGCCUGACGACCAACAACAUGAAAUCAUUGAGUUACCUCGGUACAACAGCCUCUCUCUGCUCGUGUUCUCUGUGCUUCCCGAGGAGACAUGGACCAAAGUUUGCAUCCUACUGCUGUGAGCAGUUCUUUUCCAAAACGGACUCCUGUGAAGACUAUUCCCCUCAAGACUGACUGGUUAAAAUCUGGAUGAUGAUACUAUGGUGGGUAUAAUCAUCAUAAUCAUCACCACCACCAUCUGACAUCAGACGCAUCGCCAAAGAGAAGCAGAUCCGGCCAUCGAUUGAUGAGGUAUGACCCACAGCAGAGGUGGAAGGAUUUUGUCGUCAGGGGUUCAUCAGACUGAUCCAGCUGCAGCAUGUCUCUGCUCAUCCACGUGCUGGCCUGUGCCUUCGGCCUGGGCUCCUGGGUGGCAGUGAACGGCCUGUGGGUGGAACUGCCACUCAUCGUCAACUCUCUCCCCGAGGGCUGGGAUCUCCCCUCGUACCUGACGGUCAUCAUCCAGCUGGCCAACCUGGGACCUCUGCUGGUUACUCUCAUGCACAAGCUGUGCCCGGGUCCUCACAAAGAGCGUGUGGUCAUUUACACCGUCCUCUCCAUUGGUGUUGUGUCCUGCAUCCUGCUGGCUGUCUUCUGGGACACAACAACGGUCGUAGCUGGGGCAUCAUACAGCGUGGCCUUCUUCAUCAUCACCUUCUUCCUCUCUCUGGUGGACUGCACCUCCUCAGUUACCUUCAUGCCUUUCAUGACGCAGCUCCCAGCAAAGUACCUCACUACGUAUUUUCUCGGAGAAGGGCUGAGUGGUUUCAUUCCUGGCGUAGUCGCUCUGGCACAAGGUGUGGGCAUCGCAAGGUGUGUCAUCUCCAAUCAGACGGAGGGAAACCACACAUACGGAAACGUGUCCAUCUCACACACUGAGUAUCUUCCUCCAAACUUUUCCAUCGAGGUGUUUUUCGCCUUCCUCACAGUCAUGAUGUCCGUGAGCCUGGCAGCUUUUAUCGCUCUGAACAAACUUCCCCGAACAUUCGAGCUGUCCACUGAGAACCUCAUGCCAGACACUGAGGGAACUGUCAGCUCCGGCCUGGAUAACCCCGGAGCAGACACUGAUGGAGUGGCUGUGAAAGGCCAGGGUGAGGGUGAAGUCAAGGGCAAGACUCCCAAACUCUCCACGUACCAGCUCACCUUCAUCUACACUCUGGUGGUGUUGGUUAAUGCUGCCACCAACGGCGUGCUGCCCUCUGUGCAGACGUACUCCUGUAUGCCGUACGGAAACCUUGCCUAUCACCUGUCGGCUGCUCUGGCGUCAGUGGCCAACCCAGUGGCAUGCACCGUCGCAAUGUUCUUCCCAAACAGGUCACUGGUGUUUCUCGGUGGGCUGUCGAUGCUUGGGGCAGGAUUUGGCAGCUACAACAUGGCUAUGGCUGCCAUGAGUCCAUGUCCGUUGCUGCAGGGUACUGUGGGGGGAGAGGUGAUCAUUGUGCUGUCGUGGCUCUUGUUCACUGGAACGACGUCUUACGUCAAAGUAAUGGUGGCUGUCAUCCUGAGGGACCGCAGCCACAGCGCCCUGGUUUGGUGCGGAGCCGCAUCACAGAUGGGCUCACUGGUCGGCUCGGUCACCAUGUUCCCGCUGGUCAACACCUACCGGCUGUUUAAGUCGGGAGAUUUCUGCAGCACCCAAUGUCCUCUGUGACUUUGAAACUUUACCUGUGUGUUAAGUAAGGUGUCCGAGGUGGAGGUAGCACGGCUCACUCCUAAGUAGGCCUUCGAAAAUCCACCUGUCACCUCCUCUAAAGCUUACAUGUGUAAUUUGUCUGUAGCACAAACCAAAAUAUAUAAAAUCGACCUAUUUUUGAUUCAUUGGAAGCUACAGAGGCCGAACUAUUUCUUAACAUCCUCUCACCAGCCGUGUAAGAACCACCAGGCUAGCCGUUCCCCUCUGUUUCCAGUCUUUGUGCUAAGCUAAGCUAACUGUCUCAUGAGAGUCAUAUUGCUGUAGAACUUUUUCUUUGACGUUCCUCUGCAUCUUUAAACCUUUAUUUACGUCCACCAAGAAAGUUAUGUCUUCACCCGUGUGUGUUUGUUCGUGUGUGUGGGUUUGUUGGUUUAUUUGUCAGCUGCAGAGGAACUUCUUCAUUAGUGGAGGGAUGAGGCCUGGGCCUGAGAACAACCCAUAAUAUUUAGUUGUGGAUGCAGAUUAAGAUGUAGAUCCAGGAACUAAGGCAGAUUAUCCAAUAUUUUCAUAAAUCUUUCAGAGAAUCAUGUACAGAUCUUUAUUCGGAAAAUCAGGCGUAUUAUGGGCUCCACAAUUUAUAAGAAUUGAUGCUUUUAUGUUCAUUCUUUUCUCUUUGCAGCAGAUUUUUUAAGCCGUGUUUGCACUUAUCAGUUAUGUGUGUUCAAUGUGAUUCAAUCAACUAUGAUGGAAAAACUAUAAACUUAUUAAAAAAAUGAAACAUGCAAAGUUCAA